AUGGCGUUUAGUCUGUUUGAAAAGCUAAGGAGUGUGCUGGGAUCUCACAAGUCUUGUUUAGUAUACGGCAAUAAUGAUAAGCACCUCUUCCCUUGUCUUCAACGAGAGCUUUUCCCUGUAGGUUUUCCAUCCAUUUUCUCGAAAGCAUUAAACCCAGCACAUAGCGAAGAUGAAAACCAAGAAGAAUCAGAAAGCUCGCAAAGCAGCAUGUCAGAACUAUCUGAUUACGAUGAAGAUUUUGACUUCGUCGAUGAACACUCAAAGCGAAAGAAAUUUCUCAGUCGCAGCUUCAUUUGUAACAAAGAAAAGAAUGCGUUGGGAGACUCACAUCUUGAUGCUUUAUGCUUCCUUAAAAGUCUGUUCAAAAAAAUUGCAAAUAAAUAA